CAAAAUAAAAGAACCAGACUGAGAAAUGAAUUAUUUUUAACCCUGGGAUAUCUCCACCGUGCUAUCCCUGAACACGCCUGUUCAGCCCGGAGACACGAGAGGUCCUGAAAGAUCACAAUGCGGAAAUAUUCACUGCCGUCUCAGCAACAAGUUCCUUCUUCUGAACUACAGCUGGAGAAGUAACAGAUGCAGAAAGAUCUACCUCAGGUGACAGUAGUGAUAACAAUGAUCAAAGUUAACAACGAUUCUGUUGUCAUGUUUGGUUGGAAUACUGCCAGUUAUAUUAUCUGAAGUGACAACACGGCGGUUCCUACAGCCAGUUCCAGUUGCUGUACUUUUUCCCAGUCACAGUGAGUGGACUCGUUGACUCGCUCUCGGGAGAGACUGCGCUUGCUACGGCACGGACGAUGGCUGGAACGUGCCUGAUGCUGAGUGUGGGCCUUGUCGAAAAAGACACAAAUGGCGAUGCAUUGUGGGUGUGGUGCUACCCUACCAUUACAGCAGAGCUUCGAGAGCUGCUUUUAAGGAAAUGCUCCCUUACUGGUGAAAAUGACGUCAUUCAUACCUUCAUCUUUGGCCAGUUCCGAAAAACCUGGUACUAUAUCACAACCACACAAGUCCAGGAUCCCACUGCAUUAGCAAAGGUGACCCAUUUCUCAUUGGUGUUAACUGCCAAAGAUUUUAACCCAGAGAAAUAUGCAGCGUUUGGAAGAGUGCUAUGUAGGAUGUACAUGAAAUACGGUAAUCCUGCCAGAAUAAUGGAAGGCUACAUUUCUGUUGUUACAAAUGGCAUUUGUCAAAGUGAAGAGAAUGGGUCAUUUUUUACGAAGGACUAUGAUGCUAAAAAGGCAUAUCUUGCUGGAUCUGUCAAAGAUAUAGUGAGUCAGUUUGGAAUGGAAACUAUCAUUCUGUACACGGGACUCAUGCUGAAGAAGAGGGUUGUGGUCUAUCACCCUCGCAUCGAAGCUUUGCAGGAAUUUACCAGGACUUUGCCCACAUUCAUUUGGCAUAGGCAGGAUUGGUCCAUACUUCAUCCUUACAUGCAUUUAAAUCAUGAUGAGCUGGAGGCAUUGAAAGCUUGCACUGGUUAUGUGGCUGGUUUCACAGACUUAAAGGUGACUGACCGGCCAGACAUCUACGAUGUGUUUGUGAAUCUGGUGGAAAGUGAAAUCAUCAUCGCACCCCAUGCUAAAGAAGCAAUGGCAAUGGGUAAACUGCACAAGGAUAUAGGUCAACUUAUUGUCCAGUCAGCUGGUGACCCAGACAAAUCGGAUGGUCAAGUGAUUAAGGACAUUUCACAAAAAACAAAGGAGAUAUUGACCAUUUUAGCGUCUCUUACACCAGACGAGGACGGAAAAUCCAAGAUAACUCUGGAAAUCCUGAAGGAGCGGCGUUUCCCACCAGCAACUGAGAGCUUCUUGUAUCACUUGGCGGCUGCUGAGCAGAUGUUGCAGAUCUGACUCUUGCUUUUUCCACUUGGCCAGCUUUCAUAUUGUGGACCAAGAGGUACUAGCCAAGCCGACAGCUAAACAGAUGACUGAAACUGAACCUGCACUAGCCAUUUCACUCCUGGCUUCUCCGUACUGUAAGAUGAAUUCCUGUGUAGCCAUUAUUUUCCAAUGAAAAUAUUUAUGUAAAAAAUCUGGGCACUUUCCACUUUGAGAAGAAAGAGAUAUUUCUUCUGAAGCCUACAAAGAUUACAAGAAAUUAAAAGCUUACCAUCAUAUAAGCACUCUCUUGCACCCCCAACACCAUCAUGAGCAUGAUCUCCACCCACCAAGCUAACUGGAACCUAUGCCCUCCAACACUGUCUCAACUUUCCCCUGGCAACUAAUCACACAGAAGAAAUAUCUUUAAUAGUGGAAAGCCUUUCUAAUGUGCACCAUGCUUUGGGUCUUGUGCAGAGCAGAAUAUGUGGACUCCAGCAGUUUCAAGACAUCUUUGCCCUCAGUUUCUUCACAGGUUUGGUGCCUAUGCUGGAUACCUUGACCGGUACUGGUACAUUUUUCAUUGCGUUUAUUUCACCUUUGUCAUUGGUAACAUCAAUAUCCUUUUACUAAUUGGUUUAUAGCUCUUCAUGUUAUUUGGCUAUUGCCAUUUUUCUUUCCUUAUGACUCUAUGACCAAAUCAAUCUAUGAUUUGUGAUUUGUGCCAUAUUACAGUGAAGAGGAUUAAUCUUUCUAAUGACGCAUCUGUUUAUAUGUCACAUUGCUAGAAAAUAAAUUGUGAGAGGUACAUGAAUAUAGCCCGUCUCCCAGGAUCAGAAAUGAUAAGAACAUUUUCCUCAGUUAAAUAAUGCAAUUGUAAUGAAAUCUGAAGUGAAUAAAUUAUUAUCUGCUCCUUGGAGUAAAACAAGUAAAGAUUACACACAAUUAUGUAUCACAGAACAUAGUCCUCUGAUACACGAUCCCAGUUGUGCUCCAUGCUCAAGUUAGUCAUAUAGUUUUUGUGAUUCAUCAGACAAAAACCCCCAUCUCUUCUUCAGUGACAAGUGCUUGUAACUGUAUGGAGAGGAUCAGACUGAUGUAUUGUGCGCUGUGUAACUGUAUAGAAAAUGAACUGUGACAUUAUCACUGUCAGAAAGAUUAAGCGACUGUAGAUUGCAGUUACUCCAGUUAAAGUUUAUUGUCAUCUGACUGUACAUAUACACAGUACAAUCAAACAAAUAGUUCCUCUGGACCAAUGUAUAUCACACACAGCACGUAAAACAAAAUAUUAACACAGAUAAGUUAAUAAAAUAUAACUUAAAAUGCAUGUAGUGUGCAGCACAGGCAAACAGUAAACAGCUGGCUGUCCUAUUGACGAGACCUCAGUGCUGGCAGGGUAUUCAUUAGCCUCACAUCCGGGGGGAAGAAGCUGUUACCUGUUUGGCAGUCCUAGUGCUGAUGCUCCUGUGCCUCCUUCGUGACAGUAGUGGGUCAGAGAGAUUGUGGGA